AUGACUUCAGGAAUUCGACGGACUUUCUUCGACUUCUUGGUCAUUCUCCGUUUCGGACCAUUUGUGAUCGGCUUUCGAGAAGAAGUCUUUGUGGUCCCGAGUUCAGGUUCAGAUUUAGAGAUCGUUGUUCCGUUAGUGAUGGGAGCCAAAGUUGAGGUGGAUGCUUCGGAAAUCGAGGAUGGUUCAUCAGAACUCGUCAGUGUUUCAGUUGAAGAUGAAAGAAAAGUGGGCAACUCUGAGGACGUUGUCGUGGAGCGAUUUGUUGUGGUAGACGUGGCAGAAGACGUGGCAGAAGAAGUGGCAGAAGACGUGGCAGAAGACGUGGCAGAAGACGUGGCAGAAGACGUGGCAGAAGACGUGGCAGAAGACGUGGCAGAAGACGUGGCAGAAGAUGUCAAUAUCAAAAGUGCUAGCACCAGCGAUGUCUUCAUGACGGAGCAAUGA